AUGGGCGGUUCAGUGAGCCCACAGCUUCCUCAUAGCUCUGUCAGUUCAAUGCCCAACUUCUUCUGUCCGGCAAGAGAAACUGGGGGGAGAGAAGAUACCAGUUCCAGUCGUGAGGAGGAGACACACAGGAGUACUGCCAAGAGAUGCAAAGACAAGCACCUGGAGGAGGCUCUCCUGCUGUCGCGGGCGCUGGGUGAGGGUCUGCGGGCACUGGACGAGGCGGAGGCACGGCCCCUGCUCCGCUGUGUCCUGGCUUUCCAGAUGGAAGCAACCGGCAGCUCCAGCUCUUUCCAGAAACUGGAACAGAUCGUGACCCAGCUGGCGGUGGGGAAGGAAGCACUGCUGGCCCGGGAGGUGGGCAUGCUGCUGGCUGGCCUGGAGGGAGAGGUGCUGUCUCCUGGGGACCUUCAGUCAGUUUGCAUGUUCACGGAGGAGAGCAUCCUGGGCCGGCAGCACUGGCAGCAGAACCUGGCCCCGCUGCUGCAGCGUCUGGCCACCACCUUACGCUGGGUGCUGCAGAGCCAGCCCGCACCCGGCAGCACGUGGGGCUACCUGGCUGUCAAGGCUUGUCUCCAGCUCUUCCAGGCACUCCCGAAGGACGUGGCCCCCUUGGUGUGGAGUGCUGCAGGGAAGAGCGAAGCCCUGCAGAGCCUCUUAGGGCUGCUGCUGGAGGUGGCGUGGGGGAAGGCCCCAAACAAGGACACGAGGCUGCUGGCAGGCACGGCCUUGAGCAUGCUGGUGAACACAGCCCCACAGCCUGAGCGUGGGGCCAGCGCCGUGCUGGCCCUCUUCCAGCUCCCUGACCGAGGUGCAGAGGAGCUGAAGUUUGGGGAGCUGGAGGUGGAGGUCCCCCCUGUCCUGGAGCCCGAUGGGCUGGAGAAGCUGGUGUUCACCAGAGGUUUGCUGACAUGUUGCAAAAUGGACAUCCUCAGCUGCCAGGUGGAGAGCUUCACCCACAAGGCCUGCCUGCUGCUGGACGUGAUCUUUCCCACUGUGUGUGCCCUGACCAAGGAGCAGAAGGAUUGCCACUACUACUGCUUCCAAGCCUGUGCCCUGUGGCUGCAGCGCCUGCGGGACAGCCUGCCUGCCGUCUGGCGCCUCACUGGCACCCGCAUCCUGGCCCAGGACACCGAGCUGCUCCGGCAGCUCACCCAGCUGGUGUGGGACAAUGCUGAGACCCCGGUGGAAGGGGUGUCUGAGUUCGUUCACAGCUCCUUCCGGCUGCUCCUGGAGAUCUACCACCUCGAGUGCCAGCACUUCCAGGACCAGGAGAGACCCCUCUACCAACAGAUGCUGCAGAGGGUGGUCUCGAUGCCGUGGCAAAUCAAAGCCAGAUACGUGCCCCUGUGUGCCAUUGUCCCCUAUGUGGGCAGCCAACAGGUGCUGGAUGCCUACCCAGACCUGCCGCAGCACCUCCUGAGCUGCCUCUCCACCAACCACCUGUGUCCCGCAGCCACCGAGGUCUACAAGGCGCUGGUGCGGCAGCAGUGUGCCGAGCGGCAGGACGGGCAGCGGGGUGGGGAGGCGGCUCUGGCAGAGCAGUGGACGCUGUACUGGCUGCCCCUGCUCUCCCAGGCACUCCGCUCCCCCCGGCCCAUCCUGCAGAGCAACGCCACCAACCACCUCCUCACCUGGACCCUGCGGCAGCUCCCAGCCACACAGACACCACUGGCCACCCAGUUCAGUGGCCAGGACACGGCAUCGCUGCGGGCUUGGGUCUCGCUGCUGAAGGCACAGAAGAGCGUGGCAGGGUCCCUGCCACUGCAGGGCGAGGCGCUGGAGCGACUCUCCUGCUGCCUGGGUGCCAGCGAGGAGAGCAUUCGGCUGGCGGCGCUGGGUCUGCUCUGCUGCAGCCCCAGCACCAACCAGCCCCUCCUGGGUACUGAGAUGCAGCUGCUGCAGGAGUUCCUGCCCCUCAACCUCAACUGCGACUCCUCCUCAUUCCGGCAGCUGCUGCAGGCAGCGGUGAGGAAGGCGCUGGUCCGGCUGCGGGACAGCUCGCUGGCCCAGCUGCGAGGGAAGGCACCCCGAGGCACCGAGCCGGGCAAGGCAGCAGGGCAGCUCGCCCAGGCAGUAGGCUUUGUGGAGUGGCUGCUGCAGCUCAGCGUCACCUCACUCAGCCCGGGCGCCAACUAUCAGAGGAAGAAGACAGGUCUGCUCCUCCUAGCCACUGUUUUGGAGACCUGCACAGACACCUGGAGCCCCGAGAGGAAGAAAGGCCAGCCCCCACGGACCAUGGCCGUGCUGCUGAGCUAUGCCAGGCAGAGCGGCUGCUGGGACUUCUUCUCUCAGCCCAAUUUGUUGGCACUGCUGGGCUGCUUGCAGGACAGCACUAAUGAGAUCAGAGACUUGGCAUCGGAGCUACUUGUCCGCUACUUCCCUGCCACGUUCCCUGAGCCCAUCGCCCUGGCUCUCUUCCAGCUGGCCCAGGAUGCCCUGGGCAGCCCCCGAGUGCAGGAGGCUGAAGCUGGAGCUGUGCUGAUGAAGACCAUCCUGCAGAAGUCAGACAGCAGCACCAUGAAGAGCCUGGCCCUGGAGGCUGAAGCAGCCCUGACACUGCCCAACCGAGGCCUGUGCUUCGUUCAGCACCUUCUCCACGUGCUGCAAGCCCAGUACGCUGCAGCGUGCCAGGACCUGCUGCAGGCAGCAGCCAGCACACCGAUGCACGGAGCCAUCGCAGCCCUGCGGAGGUGCCUGCUCCAGGUGCCAGAGGUGGCCGCUUCCAUGCGGGCAGCAGAGCUGGCACAGAGCUGGCAGGAGCUCCUUGCCCGCCUCGUGACCACGGUGAGAGACAUCACCUCCUUCCUCCUGGGAGCACUGCAGAGCCAGCAAGGCCCCGGCGCCGGUGAGCAAGCUGCUGCCCCGUCGUUCGCAGACAUGGGGAAUGCCAUCGGCUCCCUCAUCAUGCUGGGAAAAGGCCGGGGGCAGGAGGAAGAGGAGGAGGACUCAAUCCUGCUGUCAGAGGAGCACAGCCUGAUCCUGACCUGCUGCUGGGUAUCAGUGAAGGAGAUAGGGCUGCUCCUGGGGGGCCUGGCUGAGCUGCUGCUGGCCCCCACGCUGCCUGCUGGAUCCGCGCCCCUCCUGCCACUCUCCACCCUGCAGAUGGCCGUGAGGGUGUUCCAGGAAAUCCUGCUGCGCUGCCGGCACUGGGGAGCAGUGGAGGGCUGCAGCAUGGGCUUCACCAAGUUCUGCGCUGCUCUGCUGAACCACCCAGACACGGAGCUGCAGGCCAUCCCGCAGACCAUGCUGGAGCAGGGCUUAGAAGCGCUGAGUGGACCCCGGAGCAGCUCAAUCACUCGCCGUGCCGCUGGCUUCCCCAUGCUCUUCCUCUGCAUUGUCAGCGGGGAGGCCCCGGCACAGGCACGGCCGCUGCUGACCCGCUGUGUCAGGACGCUGCUGGCCUUGGCCACCACAGCCCUGCCACAGGACUGGGACCAGACCCUCGACCUCCCGCAGGUGUGUGCCCUCCAUGUGCUGCAAACGCUGGUCCGUGGCACGGGGCUGGGCAGCGCGCUGCUGCGACACGUCACACCAAUGGUGGCCCUGGCGCUGCGGGGCCUGAGCUCGCCGUGCUGGGCCAUGAGGAACGCGGCCAUCCAGCUCUUCAGCGCCCUCACAUCCCGGCUGCUGGGCCAGCAGCGGAGCCGUGGGGAGGGCUGCCCAGCAGAGGGGGUGAGCCUACAAGCUUUCCUCGGGCAGCAUCCCCAACUGGGCACCGUCCUGCUGGGUGAGCUGGGGGCAGCCACGGGGCCCGCACCAGGGGGGCCCCACCUGCGCCCCGCGCUCCACGCUGUCCUCACCCUCCUGGCCCAGCUGCAACCUGGUGCCGACAGCCCCAGCAGCCCCUCUGCUCACUUCCUGAGGCCGCUGCUGGAGCUGGCGGGGAGCCCCAUCUACGCCGUGAGAGCGAUGGCUGCCAAGGCACUGGUGCCGGUUGUCCCGCCACCCCAGCGCCCGGGGCUCCUCCUGCAGCUGGCCCGGCAGCUCCCUGCCACACCUGGACAGGUCCGCUCGCACAACGCUGUCCACGGGUGUCUGCUGCAGAUGCAGGCGCUGCUGGCUGCCCCUGCAAGCACCAAGGGGCUGUCGGCCGAGGCUCUGCACCCUGUGGUUCUGCAGCUGGAGGCACGGGACUGGCUGCUCACCCCUGCCCAGCGCUGCCCGCUCGUCCGUGCUGCCUUCCUCCAGAUCCUCGCCCUCCUACCCUCAUCCUUCAGCCCUAGCUUCACCCAGAGCAUCCGUGUUGCCAUCAGCACCGAGCUGGGCAGCCUCCCGCCAGGGGGAAAGCUGGGAUGCGCCGAGCUGCAGGCCGAGUGUCGGAAGGAGUAUCCUGGUUUUCUGCAGGUGGGCUCAGCCAUCCUCCACCAAACCAUGGCCCACUUUGUGUGCAGCGAGGCAGCCCAGCUGGUGGAUGGCGAGCGGAUCAGUGCUGUCUGCUCACUUCUCCGGCAACCAAAUCCUGAUGUCCAGCUUGCUGUCCUGAGCUGGGUGAUUGCUGGGGAGGAAGGAACGUGUGAGGAGCUGGAGAAGGCUCUCAGGCUGACACUGCUGGAGAGCUUGGGGUCGGUGCUGCGAGAGAGAAGAGACAAAGAAUUCCUGAGAUUGUACCUUGAGGCUUUGCUGCAUCUUUACAGAGAUCCCUCAUCGUGGUCCCACGAAGCUUCCUGUAAGCUCCAGGGCUCCUCGGCAGCAUGCCUGGAGAUGCUGCUGCACAUGGUGGAGGCUGAGCAUCCUGGCCCCGACCUCCUCUUCCAGGUGCUGUGUGCUGCCAGCCUGCUGCUGGCCCACUGGGUUGGGGCUGAGGACGGGCCCCUGGCCGAGCGAUGGUGCACAGCGCUGGAGCAGUGCAGCCGGUCUGCUUUGUCCGAGGUGCUGCGGCUGGCGGCCGCCUGCUCCCUGCGGACAGCGGGUGCCAAUGUGGUGCGACGAUCCCUGCGUGCUGCCUGUCCCUCGCUUGUCUCUGUGGCUCUGCGGCUGAUAAAUGUGGGCAUUCACCUUCUGCAAGAUGAGGAGCGGGAGGUCCGGCACGAGGCCUCGUGUUUCGCCAGCCUCUUGCGGCCAGAUCCCACGGAGCCACUCCCAGGUGGCUGUGUCUUUGUGCAGGACAAUGUUGGGCUCCAGAGCCUCCUGCAGCUCCUCCUGGCAGAGUUUGGGGACCACCCGGAAACCUUCGACUCACUGCUGUGGCACCUUCCUGUCCUAGAUCUCAGGAGCAUUGUGGAAGAGCUGGAGACCAACAAAGCUGCCAGCCUGUACAAGGAGGAUGAACCCAACGUUUUUGCAGAGCCGGCUGCCCUGGCGCAGCAGCUGCUCCCCAUCCUGCUGCAGCUCCUGGAGAAGGCACCUGCCAGCAGCCCACUCCGUGUCUCGGCUCUGCGCUGGCUGGCGGCUGGGGGCCCUGGAAUCCUGCGUGACCUGCGGUACUGCAAGCACCGCUGGAGCCAAGAGGCUGCUGCCCGCGGGGGGAUGAAGGCACUGGGCUGUGCCAAGCUGCAUGUGGCCGUGGCUGUGCUGCUGGUGAGGGCCCAGCUGGCGGCACAAGCGCUGCAGGUGCUGGGGGAAAGUGCCACCACCGUACCAGGACUGGGCUGUGGUGCCCAGGAGCUGGAGCAGGAGCUCGUGCUGGUGCAGGAGCUGCUGGCGCAGCAUGGACUGGCCCGUGUGCCGAGCCAGAGCAAUGCACCAGUGGAGCCGGGACCCCCAUCCGGGGCUGCCUGACAGUUCUGGGCAUGGAGCAGGGUCGUGCCAAGCCCCGCAGCCGCGAGGCUCCUGGCUCACACUGCCACAUCCCUCCAUUUGCCAGAUGCUCGCUCUGGCCCCCAGCCAGGACUGCCGGUUCGGUGGUGUAACUCAGGGGAACCCCACUCGCCGUGCAGGACGGACUCACUUCCUUCCCAGUGUUUUCUAACUCUCCAUCCCAAGGACACCAGUGCAGCGUGGCCUUGGCCUGUGCCAGCGCUCUGCCCGCAGCAUCCCUGCCCCGGGGUCUGGCUGGGAGGAGGGGACAUGCACCCCGGAGCCCUCGCACCCCCUUGCACUGCUCGACUCCCACCACCUUAUUUUUUUUGACCAGUGUUUUAGCUCAUGGCCAACCUGGGGCUUUUAUCCCAAAUAAAGAGG